UUGGACCAUGAGGUUCUGAAGCUGCUGCUCGUGUCUGAAUGAAGGUUGAGCUUUAUCCCAGACCGCAAAUUCCUCUGUCCAUUAUCUAGUAUUUGAAAAUCGGAAGACUGAAGUUUCAAAAUCAAUGGAUGAAGGGCUUAUGCCUGAAACAUUGAAUCUCCUGUUCCUCGGAUGCUGCCUGACCUGCUGUACUUUUCCAGCGCCACAUUUUUCGACUGACUCUCCAGCGUCAGCAGUCCUCACUUUGAUGUCAAUGUCUGACAGUCACUCAAUCCAUCGGGACAGCAACGAUUUUUGACUGUGAUUCCUGUGAGAGGAAUCAACGCUUUUUGGUUCCAGUUUGAGGACGUUUUCAGCAUCAGUGGGACUGGACAGGAGACCUCACUGUUACAGCGCAUUGUGUGCUUGGAGCCUGAAACAGUUAUAAGGCCUGGGAAGGGGAUUUCCCGGCAGGGAGGGGCUCUACACGUGUUCCUGUGCAGCUGAAGCUGUAGCCAUGGAGAAACCUGAGGAAUCCCGUCCUGUGGAGGAACUGUGGAAGUGUGGCGACUGUGGGAAAGGCUUCCGUUUCCUGUCUGCCCUGGAGACUCAUCGGCGCAGUCACACCGGGGAGAGGCCAUUCCCCUGCACCGACUGCAGGAAGGCCUUCAGACAUUCCUGCCACCUGCUGGCCCACCAGCGGGGCCACACGGGGGAAAGGCCCUUCAGCUGCCCAGAGUGCGGGAAGGCCUUCAGCACUUCCUCCACCCUGCUGAGCCACCAGCAUGCCAACACGGGAGAGAGGCCGUUCACCUGCCCUGAGUGUGGGAAGGCCUUCAGGUAUUCCUCCACGCUGCGGACCCACCAGCGUUUCCACACAGGGGAAAGGCUGUUCAGCUGCCCCGAGUGUGGGAAGGCCUUCAGGUAUUCCUCCGCCCUGCGGAGCCAUCGGCGCGUCCACACGGGGGAAAGUCCCUUCAGCUGCCCCGAGUGUGGGAAGGCCUUUACCCGCGUCUCUGCCUUGCGGAGCCACCAGCGGAUCCACACCGGGGAGAGACCCUUUACCUGCCCCGAGUGCGGGAAGGCCUUUACCGACAUCUCCUCCCUGAUGAAGCAUCAGUGGAUCCAUACUGGGGAGAGGCCCUUUACCUGCUCUCAGUGCAGGAAGGCCUUCAGCACAUCCUUCCACCUACUGAUCCAUCAGCGUGUCCACACAGGGGAGAGACCGUACACCUGCCUUCACUGUGGGAAGGGCUUCAGGUAUUCCUCCUCCCUGCUGACCCACCAGCGGAUCCACACGGGGGAGAGGCCCUUCAGCUGCCCCGACUGUGGGAAGGCCUUUUGCGACUCCUCCACCCUGCUGACCCACCAGCGUGUCCACACAGGGGAGAGACCGUACACCUGCCCUCAGUGCGGGAAGGGCUUCACCCGCUCCUCCCAACUGCGGAACCACCAGAAGGACUUAAGCGAUUCCUCCAACCUCCAGACCCACCAGUGGAUCCACAUGGGGGAGAGGCCCUUAAGCUGCCCCAAGUGCGGGAAGGCCUUUACCCAGGCUGCCUCCUUGCUGACCUACCAGCGGGAUCACAUGCUUAAAGUAUCAUCUUUACCUGAACCACAGGGGCACGUGCCUGAGCCAGUUUGCCCACUGUGGGGAAAGGAAGUCUCAGGAGGCAUUCCGCGCGCCAUGGAGAAACCGUGGAAGUGUGGGGAUUGCGGGAAAGGAUUCCGCUACCCCUCCAUGCUGGAGAUCCACCGCCGUGUCCACACCGGGGAGCGGCCCUUCACCUGCUCCGUCUGCGGCAAGGGCUUCACCCAGUUGCCCCACCUGCUGACCCACCAGCGGCUCCACACCGGGGAGAGGCCGUUUGCUUGCUCCGAGUGCGGGAAGGACUUCAGCGAAUCGUCCAGCCUGCUCAUGCACUGGCGGGUCCACACCAGGGAGCGGCCCUUCACCUGCUCGGUGUGCGGCAAGGGCUUCUCUCACUCGUCCACCCUGCUCAAGCACCGGCAGGUCCACACCGGGGAGCGGCCCUUCACCUGCACCGUCUGCGGCAAGGGCUUCACCCGCUCGUCGCACCUGCUGACCCACCAGCGGGUCCACACCGGGGAGAGGCCAUUCAGCUGCUCCGUCUGUGGCAAGAGCUUCUCUCACUCGUCCAGCCUGCACAAUCACCAGCGGGUCCACACCGGGGAGCGGCCCUUCACCUGCUCCAUAUGCGGCAAGGGCUUCCCUUACUCGUCCACCCUGCUGCGGCACCAGCAGGUCCACACCGCGGAGCGUCCUUCACCUGCUCCGUCUGCGGCAAGGGCUUCUCUCACUCAUCCACCCUGCUGCGGCACCAGCUGGUGCACACCGGCGAGGACGCCUUCACCUGCUCCGUCUGUGGCAAGGGCUUCCCCCACUCAUCCGGCCUCCAGAUCCACCAGUGGGUCCACACGGGGGAACAUCCUUCUGAUAGACCAGAAGUGCGCAUAAUACAGAGGAACUUCGAUUAUCCAGAAUUAGAUGAACCAGCACGGUGGCUCAGUGGUUAGUGCUGCUACCUCACAGUACCAGGGACCCGGGUUUCAUUCCUGCCUCAGGCGACAGACUGUGUGGAGUUUGCACAUUCUCCCUGCGUCUGCGUGGGUUUCCUCCUAGUGCUCCGGUUCCGUCCCACAGUCCAAAGAUGUGCAGGUCAGGGUGAAUUGGCCAUGCUAAAUUGCCCGUAGUGUUAGUUACAUUAGUCAGAGGGAAAUGGGUCUGGGUGGGUUACUCUUCGGAGGGUCAGUGUGGACUGGUUGGGCCUGUUUCCUCACUGGAAGGGAUCUAAUCGUCAAGCGACGGAAAUACACCCUGCAUGUGUCCUUUGGAUAAUCGAGGUUCCUGUGUAUUCCAAAAGUGGCCUAACCAACGUCCUGUCCAGACCCCAACCCCUAUACUCAGUGCUCUGACCAAUAAAGUGAUCUGCAGAAUCUGCGGGGCUUGCUUAAUCCUGGAAGGUAAAUCACGUGUUUCUCCUUCUCUUGCAGGUGGAUCCAAGAUUUCACUCUCUGUCCCAUUGAGUCUCCAGUCAGGUCCUUCAGCUCAACUGGUCUCUCUCAGUAUUUCUGACCCAUGUGAGCCUCUACGCACCUCCCCUUCACUUGCUCACACUUGAUUUCCCUUACAGCAGCAUUCCCUUCAGUUCCUUUCUCCCUGACGUCUGUAUCCAGCUUCUCCUUAAAUGCCGUCCACCUCGACCUGCUACUGUGGGGGUCAUUCCCGCUGCAGACAGAGGUCUCUCCUUUGUAACCUCUUCAAAAGAUUUACCGCUGACUUCCCCCUUCAGUCUUUUCCAUUUCUGGGUCUCCCCGCUGUUGCCAAACUUGGAAGGGUUCAGAAAAGAUUUACAAGGAUGUUGCCAGGGUUGGAGGAUCUGAGCUACAGGGAGAGGCUGAACAGGCUGGGGCUGUUUUCCCUGGAGCGUCGGAGGCUGAGGGAUGACGUUAUAGAGGUUUACAAAAUUAUGACUGGCAUGGAUAGGAUAAAUAGGCAAAGUCUUUUCCCUGGGGUUGGGGAAUCCAGAACUAGAGGGCAUAGGUUUAGGGUGAGAGGGGAAGAUAUAAAAGAGACCUACAGGGCAACUUUUUCAUACAGAAGGUGGUGUGUGUAUGGAAUGAGCUGCCAGAGGAAGUGGUGGAGGCUGGUACAAUUACAACAUUUAAGAGGCAUUUGGAUGGGUAUAUGAAUAGGAAGGGUUUGGAGGGAGAUGGGCCGGGUGCUGGCAGGUGGGACUAUAUUGGGUUGGGAUAUCUGGUCGGUAUGGACCGGUUGGACCGAAGGGUCUGUUUCCGUGCUGUACAUCCUGGUUUUGAUUUGCCUUUUGGCUGGUACUGAAAUCCACUCCGGACAGAAUUCAGAGAUGUUUUGAUUUUUUUUGAGUAAAUUGUUACGGAGCUAGGAUAGCCUGAAAAGGGACAGACUCCUGUUUUGCAAAACGCACUAGUUAAGCAUCAAUAAACGUUGCGUCGUCACAAAGACUUCAGGAAGAUCUUUUGGUUUCAGUUUAUCUGUGUGUGUUUGUUGGGGGAAAGGUUUUUGGUCACAAUUUACAGUGUUCGCAGCCGGCAGAGAGAAAUCAGCGGACAUAUAACUGGUGCGCAGAGUACAACGGCAAUAUCGUCGUUGACCGUGCGGAAAUCCAGUGUCAAGGUGGAAAAGCGCAGCAGGUCAGCCAGCGUCCAAGGAGCCAGAGAAUCGACGGUUUGGGCAGAAGCCCUUCAACAGGAAUGCCAGUGUCAGUUUAAAUCGUUUUAAAGGAGUCGAACGUUUGCCUGCUUUGAAACGAGCAGAAGAGUCAACAGGAGAUGUUACAUAUCAUCUUGCAAAAGAAAAUAACCAACAGGUUAGCUUGAACUCGUCGGAACGUGCAUCCAUAGUGAAGAGCUGGGAAAUGGAGAUUUUACCUCUUUUGAGAGAGGUUGGAGCUGAAGAGACUUCUGUUUAACAACUUAUGACCCUAUAAAACUGAACAACUUUAAGCUUAGACAUGUCUUUAUCAGAGAAACUUUAAGUAUAGUCAGAAUUAAACCAGAAAGCAUAACGUACAUAUUAACAUCAUUUUUAAAGUUAGUGUUUAUUUUGUUUAAUGUCUUUAUAAACACUGACUGCUGUGAUAGGAAUGUACUGCUUCUUUCUAGGCCACAGUCGCCUGGAUCACAACAUGAAUUCAACUGUUUCACCCAGUUCUGAAUUAUAGCAGCCCCAGGGCUUGUUUUAUUAAAACGCAAAAUUAUGCAAUAAUUAUAAAGGAAUUUGUGUAAACAUUCUGAAA